UCUCACACAGCGGCACACAGCUGAUCGAUGCACGGGAUCAGCAUCGUCAAAUAGAUUGGUCGGGUUUUGUUGACAAAUUCAGUAAUAAACUAAUAAUGCGAAUUUUCUGGCGGACUCUACAAUUUCAAGCAUGAGUACUCCAAGUUCUCCAAACUCCGAUGAUUUGGAAGAUUUUCCCGGGCGCCUGUUACAUCAGGCGGCUUUGUGGGACAAUGCGGAAUUACUUGAAGAUCUCCUUCACGCUGAUCAAUUACAACAUAUUGAUGGAGUUGAUGCUUGGGGUCGAACACCACUGCAUGCAGCUGCCACCACAGAAAACUCUAGCUGUCUCAGAAUAUUGCUUCAAUCAGGAGCUGAUCCCAACAUCCCUUGUGGGCCACGAGGAGAAUACAGGACAUCAUUACACAUCACAGCUGAAUAUGGCCAUGUCAACAAUCUUCGGCUUUUGCUUUGUCAUGAAGCUCGUAUUGAUGUCAGAGAUGGUCUUGGAUUCUCUGCAUUGGAUCUAGCAGUCAAAGGUGGUCACAUAGAAUGUGCCACAGCUCUAAAAACAGCCCAGGCAACACAUGAAGCUUCUAGAGUUGAAACAUUUAACGGAUUAUUAAAAGCAUGCAUUGAAGGAAACCCUGAUUUAAUGCUCAAACUUUUCAAGGAGCUCAAAGAAGACUUGAAACUUGUUAUAAAUAUGACUGUUGAAGGAUCAAACACAUUAUUAUUCAAAGCUUCAGAAGUUGGUCAUAAGGAAAUAGUUAAUCUUUUACUUGCCAAUGGCGCGGAUGCAAGAGUUCAUCCUGUAACAAAGUACUCUCCUCUAUACAUAGCAUGUUACAAUGGCCACAAAGAAAUCGCCGAAUUGCUAUUGAGAAAAUAUCCUGAAUUGGUACAAACGCCAACAGUUGAAAAAUGGUUUCCUUCUCACGGAUGCUGUAUACAGGGGCACCAUCAGGUGCUGGAUCUUUUACUCAAGUUCCCGUACCCCUCUAGUAUUCUGAAAAAGUACAUUGAUAAGACUGGCAAUUAUGAAUAUGAACUUCCUUUUGACAUUAACGCGAAAGAUGUAUCAGGACAAACUGUGUUGUAUAUUGCUGCAUACAUGGGAAGUUUGAAGAUGGUAGAGAUCAUUUUGAAAUAUCGCGUCAAAGGGAAAAUGUUGAAGUCUUGCGAAUCGACAACGCAGUCGUUGUCGGGAGCAGAAUCGAUCACGGCGAAAAAACGGAUAUCAGAUUCCAUUCAAGCAUUAAUGUCCCGUCUCAACGUAAACUUAAAAACGGAUACGGCUACACCUGCUGGCAAUGUUAAUCAAACUUUGAGUCCUGUCGAUGUAGACAUCUAUUGUGACCAUGGAACACAAACAGCGUUACACAUUGCUGUGAAGAACAAAAAUUUUGCUAUUGCGUCUCUUAUAUUAGUUGCCGGUGGAAAUCCCAACCUUACAAUAUAUCUAAAUGAAGAAGAAUUGUCAAAAUUACGUUCUCGCACUGCUCUAGACGAGUACGUUUUUACAGGAUCCACUGUGUUGGUUGAAGCAGUCAGACAUCGUGAUAUGGGAAUGAUCGAUCUACUUUUAAAACACGGUGCACGUGACGUGGAAAGCAAAGCUCUUUAUGUGGCUGUUCAAGCGAAAGACGAUAUCAUCACCGCUAAACUUUUGGCUCUGAAAUCGCAUAUUGAUCGGGAAAACACUAUCAAUAAAAAAGCAGGAUCACCAAGUGAAAGUCGUGGCUUUGCUUCACUCGGUCAAGUUUUCCCUACCAAUGCCGUAAUGGUAAAUUGGCAUGGUCAGCAAUGUCUGGAAUAUAUCAGACCUCAAUGGCUUAGUGAGGCUGCAGUCAGUCUCAAUCCCAAGAUGAAACUUCACCCUCGGGCACAUCACGUUGCCCUUCACUCCAUCACACGAAUUGAUCUUUCCAAUAACGUUCUCAUAGAAUUACCAUCUUGCGUAUUUCAAUUGCAAAGUCUUCGUCAUCUUAACGUCGCUCAAAACAAAAUUGAACAUCUUCCGUCUGGAUUGUACAAUUGUCCACUCUUGGAUGAACUUAUGUUGCAGGAUAAUAGAUUGGAUUUCCUUCCGGAUUCAUUGUUUAAGCUUCCUUCACUUACCGUUUUGGAUGUUUCAAAUAAUAAGCUGCAAAAAAUUCCUAUAGACAUUUGGAAUGCGCCUAAACUGAAGGAAAUGAAUGCUUCCUUCAAUUUACUUGUUGAUCUCCCCAACUUUUUGACGGAAUCACCGUUUGAUAUAACCGGUAGUAGUGAGCUUGGAAAGAAAUUAGAUUUGUUAACACCACGACGGACAUCACACGGUUCUGAGAAGAGCAGCAUUUCUUUCUCCGAUGAAGAUAGUUUGGAGGAUGCGAAGAUGAUGCGAAGCAUGCAAUUGGCAACUAUUAACUUAACACCUCAAGAAUUAACGCAUCACAGUUUAUGGAGUCAUACUGUCGAUAUCAACGAGACUCUUCCGGCAGAUAUUGAUUCGCCUCAAUCGUGUUCGCAGCUCAUACAUCUGAACCUUGCACAUAAUAAUUUUUCUAGUAUUCCUGUGUCAUUAGCUUGUAUAGCAGUCAAUCUCAUCCGUCUAAAUUUGAGCUUUAACAAAUUGACUGAUAUUGGGCCUUUAUGUAACUACCCUCAUGGUUUGAAGCAAUUAGAUUUGUCCCACAAUCAAAUCGAAAAUUGGCCCCCAUUUUCCAACUGGGACAUUCUCCAAUUAGACGAGCCGAUCUCUCCACUUUCUAGCUCGUCUCCUUUUCUGUGUUCGCCACCGACCGUUACUUGUUUUGCCGGGAUUGAUCGCAACCCUCCCAAAACUCCAGUAACACAAGGAAGGAAAUUUCAUAAGACUUCUAAAGUAGUUGCAUGCUCACAUCGUCGACACCAAAAAUUGGAGAAUGUGCGCACUUUAAUCCUCGGAGAUAAUCAGCUGACGGGUAUCCAUCUCUGGUUCGACGAAGGAUUUGAAGACGAUGUGGACACGCAUGUGUCCUCUUCUCACAAAUCUAAGCUGCUCUUUCCUAAUUUAAGCGCUUUAGAUGUGAGUAACAACAAGAUUAGAGAAAUUCCGAAUGCGAUUCACGAAUUAAACAAUCUUUCCGUUUUCAACGUCAGCGGAAAUCCUGACAUAGUUGAAUUACCGCCACGAAUGGGAUUAUUGUCAAAAUUGUGGAAUCUAAAUACGAGAGGCUGUAAUUUGCAAGAGCCACUACGUUCAAUGAUCGAAAGUAAAAAGUAUAAAACAAUGGAUGUUGUGGGGUAUCUGAAAUCCGUACUAGAAGAUGCACGCCCCUAUGCCCGAAUGAAACUCAUGCUUGUCGGGGUUCAGGGUAUUGGAAAAACUUCUUUACUUGAACAAUUACGCCAAGAAGGCACAGGCUCAUACAAAAAGAAGCCUCCAGAACAUUGGGCUAAAAGAAUGGGUAACAGGAAUAUUCAUUCUCGAACACCGCGUGGAGUGAACUUAUCUACUGUCGGUGUAGACAUUAGUGAUUGGACUUAUGAGAAGAAAGUAAAAGGGCACGGCCCCGUCACAUUCCGAACCUGGGAUUUCGCUGGUCAAAAAGAGUAUUAUGCCACUCAUCAGUACUUCCUGUCUAAACGUAGUCUUUAUCUUGUCUUGUGGCGCAUCACCGAUGGAGUAAAAGGAAUCGACGAAAUAUUUCACUGGCUAGUCAAUAUUCAAGCAAGAGCACCCAAUUCACCCGUUUUGAUUGUUGGGACCCAUUUCGACUUGGUAAAGGACACUUUUCCCUCUUCAUAUUCCGAGGAUCUCCAACAGCUUGUUCGUGAUCGAUUUAUUAACAUAGUGGAUGCAGAAAAAUGUGGUUUACCUCGAGUUUUAGAUACCAUAGAGAUCAGUUGCCGCACAAGACAUAACGUUCGUCUUUUAUGCAACCUGAUUUAUGAUGCAGUUUUCAGCUUGAAACUCCCAGGUAGUAAAGAACGCAUGUUGGAGCAGCGUAUUCCUGCAACUUAUCUGGCGUUAGAAGACGUCAUUGGUCUUCUCGCUACCGAACAAAAAAAUAAUGGUCGUGAUCCUGUCCUUUCUUCCGAGCGAUACCGUAUUGGUGUGGCUCACAUAAUGAACUCGCGAUUUCGAAUGUCUUUCAGAGAUACGGCUGAAUUGAAUCAAGCCACAGCGUUUCUCCACGAAAAUGGUGUUAUGCUUCAUUACGAAGAUGCAACUCUAAAGGAUCUCUAUUUUCUGGACCCACAGUGGCUAUGCGAUAUGCUUGCCCAUGUAGUCACCAUUCGAGAAAUCAACCCUUUUGCACCAAAUGGUAUUAUGAGACUGGAGGAUUUGCAGCUGGUUUUUCGAUCAUCGACCAGUGCUCCUACAGAAGCUCAAGCUUAUGUCGUUAACCUGCUGAACAAAUUUGAAGUAGCGUUAACUUGGGACUCAAGAACUUUACUUAUUCCUUCGUUGUUACCUACUGAAGAUCAGACAGCUUAUGGUUUACCGGGUUCUGAUGUUCGUGUUAAGAUUCCGGUUCGAUCAAGGGGAAGAGCAUCGCGACCGAGGAAGGGUCCUAGAUUUAACAGAGCUGUUUCCAUGCCAUCCAGACCCGGUUCAGCAGCAGCAGCAGCCCAUGGGGCGAAAGUAUUUUCUGCCGAAGAAUCAGUUACGGAUGACAGAUGUGAAAUAAGUUUCCAGUCUGAUAUGGAAACAGCUAUCUAUAGGUUGCUGCUGCUUUCGUACGUCCCCACAGGGUUCUGGUCGCGUCUUAUAACUCGAUUAUUAGCUGAGGAUAACAUUGUUGAUACACUCCGUUCGUACUUUAAUGUUCCUCGUCAUGUGGACGCUGAGUUAACACAAAGUUUGGAAUGGAAAGCUGAAUGGCGAUGUUGGCAAACUGGCAUUGAGUUACAUUACCUCGGCACUACAUUGCUCCGAAUUAAAGAAGUCGCUAAUCGCGUCGGUGUCAGUCCGUUUGAUUACCGGGCAUUUCGAUUUAUUGCAAAACAAGAGGGUCAUUGGUCUGAAUUGGAUACUUCUUCAACAGCUAUGAUUGAAAUCUUUCUUCCCAAUGAAACCAUUGCAAUACGUAAACCUAUUUUUGAUAGACCCGAUGUCCAACCAUUCCAAAAGAACUCUGUCCAAGGCUAUCAAACGUUUGCAUUAGAACCAUCCGUAGAAAGCGUCACGAAACUUUUGACAAUUGCCGUUGAUCAUAUUGAUACUCUCCUCGAAGACUGGUAUCCCAUAUUAGGUACCAGAUUUGUACACACUUCUGAAGGAAAAUAUCUUGUCACACGCGUAGUUCCAUGUCCUAUGUGCCUCUGUGGCGUGCAUCCACCUGCCGACAGUCCGCAUGAACGCCCUCAAGAAAACCAUCAGUUCUUUCCGCCAAAAACCGAACCAGUUGCGCGUGGAUCCCGCAAUAGUGCCAGAUCAGAUGGUGCUGACUCUGGUGUGGGUCAAGAAUCUCCAGUACUAAGUCGUAAAACCUCAACGGAGGACCAUUCUAACAUCCAUGAAUUACUUCGGCCUCAUUCCUCGCAUUCUGAAACAGUUUACUCUUUCACCAUAGAGGAGUGCAUUUUGCAGAGCCACGAAAAUCGCCAUGUGCAUUGCCCUAUUCACAACGAUAUUCACUUAGCUCAAGUGGCACCGGAUACGAUGUUCAUGGACAUUGGAGAGCGGAAUAUUGUCAACGGUCAAAAUCUAAAAAGAGGCACCCUCCUAGGUCGAGGAGCGUUCGGGUUUGUCUAUCGUGCUACAGCAAAUAUUAACGGAAAUCCGAAUGCAGAGGUAGCAGUAAAAAUGCUUCAGCCCAUUGAUCCUGGCCAUGAAGCCAGACCUUCAGUCAUUCAAAUAUACAAAGCUGCUAUCAAUCAAUGGGAAAGAGACCCUUUACAGUAUGCGUGCAAGGCCUAUUGUACUGCUAGACAGGAAUUGGCAAUUCUGUUAACGUUGCGUCACACGAAUAUAGUCCCUCUAGUUGGUUUGUGUACGGAACCCUUGGCGCUAGUUUUAGACCUCGCACCUUUAGGGGCAUUGGAUUCUAAUUUAAGGAAUUACCGAAGAUCUGGAGCUAAAUUAAAUCUCACUGUUGUUCAACAAAUCGUAAUUCAGAUUGCAAAAGCUUUAGAGUAUUUGCACCAACAACGAAUCAUCUACCGCGAUCUCAAAUCAGAAAAUGUGCUAGUGUGGGCUUUACCUGGUCCCGGCGAAAGGGAAACGGACGCUAAAGUUGAUGUAAAAUUAGCCGACUAUGGUAUUUCCCGGCUUUCAUUGCCUACCGGAGCUAAAGGUUUUGGAGGAACUGAAGGUUUCAUGGCACCCGAAAUAAUGCGAUUUAAUGGCGAAGAAGAGUACACCGACAAAGUGGAUUGUUUCUCUUUUGGAAUGUUUUUGUAUGAGUUACUCACUUUGCGCCAACCUUUUGAAAGCCAUGAAUCGGUCAAAGAGUUCAUAUUGGAAGGGGGAAGGCCUUCGAUCUCUCCUCGGGAUGCAACGUAUCCUGUGUAUCUACUUGAUCUAAUGGUUUUGUGCUGGAGUCAACAACCAAAAGACAGACCGACUGCUUCCCAGAUAGUAUCUAUCGCUUCAGCACCUGAAUUUACUCACUUGUUGGAUGUCGUCUCAUUAAACCACAGUGGAUUUUGCACGGACGGUGUUGCUGUCCCCGUACCCAACACCACAGAUGAAUCUCUUCAUGAACUUUGGUUGAGCAGUACCGCUUGCCAGGUUGACCUUCUACUUGCAUCAAGUCAGCCUCCCGAAAUCGCAAACGGAUGUGGUUCUUGGCUGGAUUAUUAUUCUCUUCAAAGUGAAGUAGAUCAGCCAAUUACUGCUGCAUGUCUUGUCGGUGAUUCUGUGUGGCUUGGAGACGCUCGAGGACAAAUUUUCUGUUUCAGCACUCGGACAUACCAAUGUCUUUUCCGCUACGCCCUUGAACCAGAUUCUUCUAGCACUGCGUCAAUUCGACGACUUAUACAUCUACCUUUGUUACAUCGAGUAGCUGUUGCCUUGGCUAAUGGUCGUCUUUUUUUAUGCCGCGAUGAUUUCAUUCCGUUAAUGUCGACGCAAGGUGAAGGAACAUUCGUCAUGACUGAACUCGGACUUGGUGGAAGUGGGGCACCACUCCACUGCAUGGCUGCAAUUUACUCCACUACCAAGGGAAAAGUGGAGUUGUGGUGCGGACAAUCACAGGGUAGCAUAUGCGUAUUCGUUUUGGGAGAAGGCGUUGUAACGGGGCAAGAAGUGAUAAAUCAUUACGAUCCGGUCUUGCCUGGGUUGGAAGUGCUCCAAAUGGUAGCUGUCGACAAUUUGUUAAUCGAAAACGAUGUUGACGUCUUCGAUUAUGACGAAGAAACUCAUUACGAAAAUCUAGCAGAGACUACCAGUCCAGUAGUGUGGUCGUACGUUUAUCCCGGGUGUGUCGUAUAUCGUUGGUGUGCAAAUACUCGCCGUAUUCUUCAUCGUCUUGACUGUUCCAAACUUGCCCCUUGUUCUGAAUCACUACAGUCGAUAAGCAUUGAAGAGCAUCUUAGUCCAGGACGAUGUCAGGUAACGAGUCUUGCCGUUCAAGGUCGGGAACUAUACAUAGGAACCACUUGGGGUUGCCUUAUCGUGGCUGAAGCGUCAUCCCUGCGUCCAAUAACAGUGUUCCGCCCAUAUGAAGAUGAAGUCCGUCUCAUUCUUCCUCUUAGUUCUUAUGACAGAGACAAAGAAAAACAGUCUGUACUAGUUGCAACAAUUGGCAAAGGCUAUCGAAAUCUUUUGCAUCGUUAUGGAUCUUGGUCACAUCUUAAGAGUUCUUCAGCUCCUAGUAUGUCAGAGCGACAGCGAAAUAUGCAAGUCCUCUUAUGGAGAGCUGGUGACUGGAUUUAAGUUCGAAACUAACUUCAAUUUUCAGACAGACAGACAGAUAUUUCAAAAUCAUGUAUUUACUUUUUUAUUUAUUUUUUAACCUUUGUUUCUCGAUCAAACCGACGAAGCUAUUCUUUUAAAAAUUCGAUUGUUUUCGAUUAGUCAGUUAUUGAUACCACUAUGUAAAACUUCACCGUAAAAUUUGUCUUUACAUGUCAUGAUUUAUUCCUGUGUAUUCAUUAGUAAAUAAAACUUUGAAAGUCUGAA